AUGGCUACCUCAACCCCCGAAGUCAUCUGGGCACAACGUUCCAGUGCCGACGAGCCCGAGAAGAAUGUUUUGUAUCUUUCAAUAAACGCCUACGACUGCGCCGCAGACACCAUCAAGCUCGAUAUUCAGCCCACCAAGAUCACAUUCAGCGGAGCGUCCAAGGCUCGCAGUUUUGCCGUUGAGCUCGAGCUUUACGCCGAGAUCGACCCCUCCCUUUCAAAGCACUCUCACUCGGCUCGCGGCGUCGACUUUGUGCUCAGGAAGAAGGAGGCCAAGCAGGAGUUCUGGCCCAGACUAUUAAAGGAGUCAAAGAAGCAGCACUUUGUCAAGACUGACUUCGACAAGUGGGUCGAUGAGGACGAGCAGGAGGACGUCGCCGAUGACCCAAUGGGCGGCGGUAUGGGCGGUCCUCCCGGCGGUGAGGACGGCGGCUUCGGCGGCAUGGACUUCUCAAAGCUUGGUGGUAUGGGCGGCAUGGGCGGCAUGGGCGGCAUGGACAUGGCCUCUAUGAUGGGCGGCAUGGGCGGUAUGGGCGGCAUGGGCGGCAUGGGCGGCAUGGGCGGCAUGGAUGAGGACGAUGAGGAUAUGCCAGAGCUUGAGGACAGCCCAGUAGCUGCCGAUGUUCAGGCAGAGGGUGAUGCGAAGGCUGAUGCGGCCCCUGCUGCAUCUAAGAUCGAGGAGGUCAAUUAG